UUUUUCUUUCGGUCAGCAAAGUCCUCGGCAAUACUCGCCACACAAUUUUAACAACAAAGGGAAAAGACGAAUGAUGCUUCGAGUUGAAUGUGAAAUGUUAUUUUUGACAUAUGUCUAAGCUUUAGUUAGCCUACUUGUCUUGGAAAUAUUACUUUCACUUUCAUUGUUUAUGUUUUUUGAGGUACAACAGCAUAGGGACAAAACACUUAUUUCCAUAGAAACUGCGUUCAUUUUGUCUUGGAAAAGUGUUGAAAAUGACGGCCUGUAUUUCGAUCACAUUGUGUGCAUUCUUCGUGGCUGGUGUGCCUGGUGUUUGUACAUAUUAUGGAGUGUCACAGUCUGUGAUGGAGGGAGAAUCGGUGACUUUACCCUCUGGUGUUGAAACGAACAAACAAAAAAAGUUGAGAUGGUAUUUUAAUGACAUUCUCAUUGCUGAAAUCAGUGGAGAUCUCGGUUAUCGUUGUACAGAUGUUCAGUGUAAAGAUUCUGAUAAGAGAUUUAGAAACAGACUGAAGCUGAAUCCUCAGACUGGAUCUCUGACCAUCAAAGACAGCACAACCACCGACUCUGGAGUUUAUAAACUAAAGACGAUAAGAAACAGCGGAGACAGUGUAAAGAUCUUCAUUGUUACUGUGCAUGUUUUUUUCAGUAUUAAUACAGAAGAAGAGUCAGCAUUUGUGAUGGAGGGAGAUUCAGUCACUCUACACACUGAUGUUAAAACAAAUCAACAAGAAAAGAUUAGAUGGUAUUUUAAUGAUGCUCGUAUAGCUCAAAUCACUGGAGAUCUCAGUUUUAUCUGUACAGAUGUUCAGUGUGAAGAAGGUACUGAGAGAUUCAGAGAGAGACUGAAGCUGGAUCAUCAGACUGGAUCUCUGACCAUCAGAGACAUCAGAACCACAGACUCUGGACUUUAUCGUCUACGUAUCAUCAGCAGCAACAGCAUCAGUGAAAAGAUCUCCAUUCUUGCUGUAUAUGAUGCUCCUGAGCAAGAUCAAAUGAAGAGAAAGUCAGUGAAGGAGGGAGAAUCUGUUACUUUAGGUCCUGGUGAAGUUAAAAACCUGAAUUAUUUUAUGAAAUGGUAUUUUAAUGACACUCUCAUCGCUGAAAUCACAGGAGAUCCCAAUAAAACCUGUACAGAUGGUCAGUGUGAAGAUCCUGAUGGAAGAUUCAGAGACAGACUGGAGGUUAGUCAGUCUGGAUCUCUGACCGUCAGAAACACCACAAUCACAGACUCUGGGCUUUAUAAACUACAGAUCAACAGCAGCAACAGAAUCAGUAUCAUCAAGAUAUUCAGCGUUAUUGUCACUGCUGUUCCAGAUUCAAUAGUGUCUUCAGCUGCUAAAGAAGGAAUAUAUGCUGUUGUUGUUGUUCUGCUGUUUACGGCUGCUGCAGCAGCUGCUGCUGUGAUUUACUGUCGCCACAGGAAAUCUACACAAGCAGGACGAAAUGGCAUCAUUAGGCUGCACAGUUACAAUGAGGAGAAUGGUGUAAAACACUCAACUCCCUUAUCAGAAUGGGUUUUAACUGAUGACUGCUGAUAAUGGGACAUCACAUAGCAUUAAUUAUUAUUUGGGUAACCUAGAUGGGAAAUGAAAGAGAGGAGUGGAAAAAGAGAAACUUAAAUUGUCGUCACACUCACAGAGAGGUGGUUCUACUCGGUACCAAUUCUGAUGUUUGCUGGUUUGUACUAAAUGUUUUAUAGUUGAAAAGUGUAAAAAUGCAUUAUUCCGUCUAUUUUGUUUCAACACAUGUUGCAAUUUGGAAAGUAUUAUAUUUUAAGCAUUUG